CAGGUGACCGCACUGACUGGAGGAGAAACAUGGCGGAGGUGGAAGCGAAGUCUCUGAGCGGCCUGUUGAACGGGAUCGCUCAGAGAGUUUACUACGGCAACCCGGAGGUCACCGAGCAGCUGCUGAGGGAGCAGCUCUUCCCGGACCUGAACCAGGACCAGUUCACGGCCCUGCACGACCGGAUGAAGGCGCUGCUGAAGUCUAUCGCCGCGGCCGACAUGGACCACGCCCAGCUGGAGGCCUUCCUCACAGCCCAGACCAAGAGGCAGGGCAGCAGCGGGCUGACCGCCGAACAGGCCGCCGCCCUCUCUCGCUUCUGGAAGAGCCAGCGAGUCCGGGUGAGGGAGAGUCUGCUGGCUCAGAGCCGCUGGGAGCCCGGCCUCAGGGGCCUCUCCUGGAGGGUGGACCUCCAGACCGCAGCCAGCCGGGGGGAUGCGGCCCACAGCGGCCCGGUCGCCCUGAUGGAGCUGGAGCUGGGGAGAGCCGGCCAGGACUCAGAGUUUGUGUGUCUGGAGUUUGACGAGACCAACGUCAACCAGGUGCUGAAGAAGAUGGCUGAUAUCCAGAAGAGCAUUGACAGCAUCGUUCAGCGCUCCUGAAACUUUUGUCCUCAUGCAGCAGAGAAACAGCUGCGACUGAACAACUCAAUGGCUGUUUUCUCUUCGCUGUGCUGUUUCAUCUCGUUCGACAGCGUCACACAGAAACAGGAGUUUUUCUGAUCUGUGUUUGCCAGAAUGGAUCCAACAUGGCUUUUGCACAGAUUGAACAUACUGUAUAAAACACAUGAUCACAUGUGAUUGACUUGUUAAUGGACCAACAUUUGUUUUUUUUAUUCACUUAACCCACAAUAAUUCAAAGUGCUGGACUGUUUUACUGUCACUGUUUGUAUCAGGAUGCUCAUUUUGAGGAAGGUUCCUCUCUGAUCAUGGCAGCAAACAAAUUGACCUUUCUUGAGGAAGAUGAGGUUAUUGAAGUGUUUCAGAGUCUUAGUAAUUAGUUUGAACCACCAGUUUAAAGCAGGGAUUUUUGGAUUGUGCUAUGAAGAAAAAACGGGAAACAAAAAUCUUCAAUAUGACUGCAGUGUAAUGUGAACAUCAUGACAAAGAUGAUGUGACUUUCACGUUAUUUUUUGAAUGUGGCUCAUAUCAGAUCACAAGUCAUGGUCCUAAAGUGACCUGUGAUCUGAUAUGACCCACAUUCAAAAACAAAAAACUAAUAAUUUAGAGUGAUGUAAAAGUCACAUGACUUCUGAUAUAACUGUUCACACUGAGGUCACAUUGCAAACAAUCACACUGUACCUGAUUUGGAGCACAUACAUAUGAAAGCGGCUCGAUCAGAAUUGAAGAGAUCAGAUUUAAUGUGAUUUGUGCUGUUGGUUUAACAUGCUAACAUUAGCAUAGCAAUGUCUAUGUUGAGGUCAAAAAUUCAAAAUGGCCGACCUCCUGUUGGGUUUGGGGUACGGGUCCUUAAGGCUUUUUUACCCGUCUGGAGAUGAUCUACACGUGUACUGAUUUUCAUACGUAUAGGUGAAGCGCGCUUUAUAAACCUGCUCUAUAGGGGACGUUGUCGAGCCAUUUUUUGGUGAUUUCAGCUUUGAGCAACAUUUGCUACAGAACUCUACACUAUUAGUGUAUAAAUUAUAAAGCCUUUUGUUCAACAAAAACAAGACAAACUUCUGUUUUCAUUCCUUUAAGGGUCAUUGAACUGUGAAACCGUGUUAUCAUACCGAGAAAAUCUCAUAUCGUUGCUGUGAUAUUAUCAAACUGUUUGUACAUUUGCAUGAACAUUUAUCCCACAGCAGUACAGCUGACAAAGUCCAGUCUGGACUGAUAAAAGUUGGCCUGGUAUUGGCAUCAACAGACAGAGUUUAGAGCGUCCUGUUCCUUUAAGACAGUCCUGAGCCCACCUGAUCAGCACUUUAAGGCUUUAAGGAAUUGUUAUAAAAUGGACGGGUUAUAUUACUUCCUGUAAAUGAAUACUUGACGAUAAUAUAAUACAAUAAAACAAAGUUUCAUUGUGUUUAGCUUAUUUUUCUGUGGCUGUGUUCAGAGACGAGGACCUCUGACGUGCACUAAAAGGCUGAAAUCGACUUAAUAAACUCAAUUGUGCAUUUACAACCCAACACAAGUUUGUGCCAGUUAAGAUUAAAAGCGAUGCUGAGUCAUAAACAAAAUUAAA